CCUGCAAUUAAUGGAGAAAAUCAAUGAGCUGUCCGCUGGUAUAACAAUCAAACGCCAAAACACACAAAAAUAACUCAGACAGAUUUGACUGCAUCCGGGUAUAGUUCUUAAUAAUUCAUUUUUUCCUGUGUUUUUAAAGAUACUCUUCCGUAUUGAUGGAAAAGGUGAAGUUUUUGGCUGCUGGUAUAAUAGUUGGACAACCCAUUGCAAGCAAGUUAUCUGAAAAGCAUUGCAGCAGGAAAAGAACAGAGAGUUCAUUUGACAGUGACCCACCAGCAAAGUCAGCAAGAAUUGAAGAAGAUUGCCACCCAAUAAAUGAAUCACAAUCACCGACUGUUGAAGUAAAUACUUCCUUAUCCAGUCAAUCAAAUACGCAUCAAAAGAAGAAAAAACAGCCAUUUCCUUCACAGAGUCCUCCAGGUGAUAAUGCUACAAAGUUAGGGAAAAUGUUCCAAGAGAUAUCAACAAGAGUUAGGUCACUUUGGGAUAAAGAUACUGCAAACUCGAUUGGACUUUUGAAUAAUAUUUUGAUGGUAUUCCCCGUCAAACUCAGUUAUAGUUUUGUGGAUAGAAGUCAAGUUUUGCCAACUCCCAAAGGAGGUAAAAAGUGUAUAACGCAAUGGGAAUGCAGCCUCUGCAUUGGCGAUGUGUACAUUACUCAAGCAAAGUGUGGCUCAAAAAAUGAAGCCAAGAAACAGUGCUGUGAUACAGCAGCUAAGUUAUUGAAAGACGGACAUUUCAAUGUAUCAAAAGUGCCAAGAACAAUAGAAGAGCAGAAAACGGUGAGACUGGAGUUGGUGGCCGUGGCAGGUGAUAGUACAAGCACAGGUGCAAAACCUACACACCCAUUAGCCAAACUUGUCAUCAUGGAACAUCCCAAAGAACUCAAUCCCAUCUGCACCAUAAUGAACUCGUGUCAGUUUUCCAAACUAGCUGUUUCGUUUGAUUUCAAAGAUCUAACGGCAGACGUUGACCUAAAGGGCAAUAUCAAACCAAAACAUGUCUGUAAAACUGUGAUCAAUGAUCAAGUGGUUGGGGUAGCUAUUCAUGAAUCCAAAAAAGAUGCUAAAAGUUUAUCAGCAGAGAAAGCUUUGAGCAGACUCCGAAAAAUAUGUCCGGUUAUUAAAGUGAACAAGGAAAUUGAAGGAGCUCUGUCUAAACACUCGCUGAUUGGUACUAAAACUAGCCUUAAUGAAGAGUUACCAGAUUCCAACAUUGGCAGUAAAAUGAUGAAGAAAAUGGGAUGGAGUGGUGGAGGUCUUGGCAAAAUUGGCAACAUCGGACGAGAAAAACCGGUUGAAAUCAAUGAAAGAUUUGGAAGAGAGGGGUUGGGAGUUGGACGACCAGCUGGCAAGGAUGAAAUAGACAUGAAAACUGCACAGGAAAUUAUUAAGAACUAUACCCUUUCACAUGACAGAGAUGAUCUCGUCUUUUCGCCAGAACUUAAUAAUGAAGAGAGAAAGCUGCUUCAUCAGGCAGCAAAUAAAUUUGGUCUGAAAAGUGUGUCAUAUGGAAGUGGAACUAAUAGACAUCUAGUAGUGAAAAAAAUGAGAAGUGCAGAUGAUGUUAUGCAACAUUUAGUUCAAAGUGGGGGCACGUCAUCACGAUAUGAGCUCGUUUUACAGGUCAAGGGCCGAAUGCAGCUCCUCCAAAGCACCAACAUUCAGCAGUACAUAUACCAUCACAGUUUGGCGGGUCUUCAGGAUCAUGUGAACUCACAAUGCUUUGAAAUAUUACUACAUGUAUAAACAAAAAUACAACAUGGAAUGUCAAUCUCGUAGUCGUGUACUUACCCAGUCGGAGAAAUUGUAUGUCAUAAUUUUGAUUUAUUGCUCUUGCACAUAUACUGUGAAAUUUUUUGCUGCUAGGAAGUUUUAUGGCAUUUGUAUGGACUAAAAUUAAAGUCACCGACACUUAAUUAAUAUUGUGCCACCCUUUUCACUGAUUUGUUACAUCUGGUAUACAAUUAAUAAAACAUGUUAUGCUAAUUAUAUGCAAAUUUGUACACAUAUUUUUGGCGUGUCAUUUUCACAGAUAAAUGAAAAUCAGUAAAAA